AGGAGGCGGGCGCUGAGCGCCGGGGGAGGGUCGCCGCCGCCGCCGCUGCCGCCGCCGCCGCCGCUGGGAUCGUCAGGCCGGAGCCGCGCGGCCGAGCGGGCGGCUGGCGGAGGGGAAGGCUCGGCGGCAGGGAGGCUCGCGGCGCCCGGGCCGGCGGGGUCCGCCCGGGCCGGCAGCGUCCGCCCGGCGGCGGGAGGAGGGAGCGGCGCAGACAAAGAGCGGCGCCUGGGCGGGCGCAGCGCGGCCGCCGCCCCGGGACCCGCGCCGCUGCCCUCCGGCUCCGCGGGCGGCCCACGGCGAGAUUUCAUGUGUUCCUUGCAUACAAGCGAUGUCCCAGAUUAUAAUUCUUCGCUGAGAUUUGAGUUGGAUUUGAGAAUUUGGAGAAUCCCUGCAGCUUUGUAACUUCAGAGGUAUAAUUAGCUAAAAACGUCAUCAUUUUGAAGAGUUCUGCGUUUUGCCAGUCACCUCUCAACUGUGUGCCAAAGAAGGACUCCAUGAAAGAUGACAGAAGAAGUUAUUGUGAUAGCCAAGUGGGACUACACCGCCCAGCAGGACCAGGAGCUGGACAUCAAGAAAAACGAGCGCCUGUGGUUGCUGGAUGACUCCAAGACAUGGUGGCGGGUGAGGAACGCGGCCAACAGGACAGGCUAUGUGCCGUCCAACUACGUGGAACGGAAGAACAGCCUGAAGAAGGGCUCCCUCGUGAAGAACCUGAAGGACACACUAGGCCUCGGCAAGACGCGCAGGAAGACCAGCGCACGGGACGCGUCCCCCACGCCCAGCACGGACGCCGAGUACCCAGCCAACGGCAGCGGCGCCGACCGCAUCUAUGACCUCAACAUCCCGGCCUUUGUCAAGUUUGCCUAUGUGGCCGAGCGGGAGGAUGAGCUGUCCCUGGUGAAGGGGUCGCGCGUCACUGUCAUGGAGAAGUGCAGUGACGGUUGGUGGCGGGGCAGCUACAAUGGGCAGAUCGGCUGGUUCCCCUCCAACUACGUCCUGGAAGAGGUGGACGAGGCGGCUGCGGAGUCCCCGAGCUUCCUGAGCCUGCGCAAGGGCGCCUCGCUGAGCAACGGCCAGGGCUCCCGCGUGCUGCACGUGGUCCAGACGCUGUACCCCUUCAGCUCAGUCACCGAGGAGGAGCUCAACUUCGAGAAGGGGGAAACCAUGGAGGUGAUUGAGAAGCCCGAGAACGACCCCGAGUGGUGGAAAUGCAAAAAUGCCCGGGGCCAGGUGGGCCUCGUCCCCAAAAACUACGUGGUGGUCCUCAGUGACGGGCCGGCCCUGCACCCUGCGCACGCCCCGCAGAUAAGCUACACCGGGCCCUCGUCCAGCGGGCGCUUCGCAGGCAGAGAGUGGUACUACGGGAACGUGACGCGGCACCAGGCCGAGUGCGCCCUCAACGAGCGGGGCGUGGAGGGCGACUUCCUCAUUAGGGACAGCGAGUCCUCGCCCAGCGACUUCUCCGUGUCCCUUAAAGCGUCAGGGAAGAACAAACACUUCAAGGUGCAGCUCGUGGACAAUGUCUACUGCAUUGGGCAGCGGCGCUUCCACACCAUGGACGAGCUGGUGGAACACUACAAAAAGGCGCCCAUCUUCACCAGCGAGCACGGGGAGAAGCUCUACCUCGUCAGGGCCCUGCAGUGACGGCGCCCCGGCCCCACGCUCGCCUCUUGGUGGCGCUACCGCCCGGCCCUGCCGCGGAGGCUCCUCCCGUGGGGACGGCCCUGACGGCUUCCCAGCGAGUCUCUCUUUACGUUCAGGUCGCUUGGUGGGUUUGUCUCCCGUUCGCCUUCCAGGCCUCACCCGCACUCAAGCCCACCCGGCCGGCCAGCUUUAGAGGAGGGGAGGCGCAGGGCGAGUUCACGUUAUUCCUUUUCCAUUGGGAACGGCACUCGUUCCCGCUCACGGAACCCCUCAUGACAAAGACACGGGGCACCUGUGAGCGCGUGAGCGAGCCUCAGGCCACCCAGCGGCGGCACCCGCGUCCUGGGCCCUCCACGUGCUGGGCAGAGCAGGUGCAAUGGCCCCAGUCCUAGCAGCCCUCGCCCGUGUCCUGUGCCCUUACAUGGCUCCCGGACUCUGCAGGGAGCCAACAUGUUUGCUGAUAGCAAUACUGGAACCACCGGGUGCGAUGGCAGUGAGGAGACUGCCCAGUGCCUUUGGGGCUGUGCUUGCAAUAAAGAAAGAGUUUCCUGGAAAGGCAGUCUGCAAAAGAGGGAACCGGUGACUCAGAAAGACAGAUGUUUUGGUAAUUGACCCCAAAUGUGCCAUCCACAUAGUGCUUUUUCCUCUUGCCCUUUGGCUUGUUUGAAUCUCACAAUUAUGUAUUUAAUUCUCAAAGAAAUAUGUAUCUGUAGCUGUUUGUUGACACUAAUACAGAUGAUUAAGGAAAACAGCUGAUCUUUGGGGAAGGGAGCUACCAACACUUUAUACACACACGCACACAGACACGCACACACACAUGCACACACACACACACUAUAUAUAUAUAUAUAUAUUAUUUACAGGGAAAAUUUUCAGGGUUUACAGAAGAGUAUGUGAUUGGUAGUAAGAGACACAGAAUGUUUAUGAAGAAAUUGCAUUUUCUUUUUCCUUUACAUUUGAACUUCUUUAUAGUUUAAAUAUACCGUCUUGAGAUGGCACAUUCCUACAAUUGAAGAAGGGGUCUUGAGAUCCCCUAAACUUGCAUACCCAGUUUUUUGGAUAUUGUAAUAAAAAAAAAGUAUUAUGAC